CUGAGGCCAUGAUGGUGGUGGUGGUGGGAUCUCCUGUACUCCUAACUGUCUCAGCUCUCCACCGCUCUAUCUCAUUCCUUGCUCCUUCCUGGCUGAAUCUCCCUGGUGCACUCAUUAGUUCAGGGAUUCCCCAUUAUUAGCCGAGGGUCUGUGGACCUAGGGUUGGGAACUCCAUGUGCCAAUGGAGUGGUGUUGGUGAGGAAUGCAGACCCCACCUGGAAGCACAAUUACCUUCUUGCUCACCGUAACUGAUUCUUGCUCUCACCUCAGAUUUUUAUUAAUUAGCAAGAUUUAAACAUCCUUAGGGCAAAACCAGAAAGGUACGAGAUGAAGGCAGCUAGCCAUGGAAGUUGGAUGUCCCAGCAUUCCUUGGUGCGAUGAAACCCCUGUAUUAAAGCUGCACAGCUUGAAGCUGGUUGUCACAGCCAGCAGUGACCUCAUGACCGUCAGACCUUGUGCCCCUCAUUCGCCCCUUUCACCCUUGUUUUCCUCCCCCAUUCUUCCCCCUCCCCUCCCCAUCCGUUCUCUUGCUCUCUCCCUUUUGCCUCCAUAUUCUCCUCCCCUCAAUUCUACCCACUCUUCCCUUCCAUUCUCGCCAGUCUUUGCCUCCCCAACCUGCUCCAUGCUUGGCUCCCUAUCCUCUGCCUCUCCCCCACCAUCCCAACCUUUGGUUCUCCCCCUCUCUCUCCAUCGCCUUCUCAACCCUCAGCUUUCACCACUCCCUACCUUCCUCCCCCUCAACUCAUCCCUGCUCCUCAUUGCCUUCACCCUCUCACCCCAAUCCCUCCUGUCUCUCUCCCUCUGCCUUCUUCUCCCUCUCCUGUCCCCAUCAACUCCCCCGUUGUCACCCUCACCCCUUCAGCCCUCUCGUGUCUCCCCUGCCUUCAGCCCCUCUCUCCUUGCCUGUCUUCACCCCCUCCAUCUCCGUUCACCUCCUCUCACACCUGGCUUCUCCCCUCUGUCAGCUCCCCCUCUCAAUUUAAUCUCGUUUAUCCCAGCUCCGUUGUCCCCACUGACCUCCCUCAAUUCUCCCCUUAUCCCUCACUCCUCUUCCCCUCUGUUCUUCCAUAUUCACCCAUCUUCUCAUUUCUCCCCUUCCCUCUUUAAUUCUCCCACUUCAUCUCUCCACUCGCUCGGCAACCUUCCCCUCCACCCGUCUAUCUCCCUUUUCCUCAACACUCCCCCUCCUGUUCUCCCUCUCCUUUACAUUCUUUGCCCUCUCCCCUUAACCCCUCCCUUACCCCUCACUUUGACCCGUCUCCCCUUUCCACCAUGUCCCCACCUCUUAUUUUCCCCUCCCAUUUCUCGCCCUCUCUCCCCCUCCCGCUUUGGCGGCCGGUCUGUGCUGGGUGUCCCGGCAGCUCGGCUCCAGCCAAUGCGGCUGAGAGUGUGGUGGGUGUGAACUCGGGCCUCGCACAGCCCAGGGGCCUCCUGCCUCCAUUCAAUCUGCGAGCAUGUGAAGGUUAUUAUUUCACUCCUACAUUCACCACCAAUUAGUGCAGCAACGUGACCGCAGCGCCGAUCGAAGCGGCUCCUCUUUCCGCCAGCGCCGCUGUUGACAACUGACUGCCCGGCAGGUUGAACGCACUUACCAGAGGGAACAGAAAUGACAAAGAUGAGGGAGCAGGAGCCGGUGGACCGGUUCAAGGCUGUGUGGCUGAUCUUCCUCAUCCUGGGACUUGGAACCCUUCUUCCUUGGAACUUCUUCAUGACGGCAAUUCAGUAUUUUAAGUACCGAUUGCAAGACGCGGAUGCCUCCAGCGCAGAUCCAACCUCCAACGGAACCUCGACAAUGAAUGUUUCAACGACAACAAGCGAGAACCAUUUGCAGAGAAAGUUUGGCAAUGUAAUGACAUUGUGUGCAAUGUUACCAAUGCUCCUGUUCAGCGGUCUCAACUCCCUCCUCCUGCCACGGUAGGUAGGCCUCAGACCACACCCUGUGGAGUUUUAAACACCAGCUCCCUCCUCACUCUGACAGACACCAUCUCCCUCCUCACUCACUGACGGACACCAUCUCCCUCCUCACUCACUGACAGACACCAUCUCCCUCCUCACUCUGACAGACACCAUCUCCCUCCUCACUCACUGACAGACACCAGCUCCCUCCUCACUCUGACAGACACCAUCUCCCUCCUCACUCACUGACGGACACCAUCUCCCUCCUCACUCACUGACGGACACCAUCUCUCUCCUCACUCACUGACGGACACCAUCUCCCUCCUCACUCUCUGACAGACACCAUCUCCCUCCUCACUCUGACAGACACCAUCUCCCUCCUCACUCACUGACGGACACCAUCUCUCUCCUCACUCACUGACGGACACCAUCUCCCUCCUCACUCUGACAGACACCAUCUCCCUCCUCACUCACUGACAGACACCAUCUCCCUCCUCACUCUGACAGACACCAUCUCCCUCCUCACUCACUGACAGACACCAUCUCCCUCCUCACUCACUGACAGACACCAUCUCCCUCCUCACUCACUGACAGACACCAUCUCCCUCCUCACUCACUGACAGACACCAUCUCCCUCCUCACUCACUGACGGACACCAUCUCCCUCCUCACUCACUGACGGACACCAUCUCCCUCCUCACUCACUGACGGACACCAUCUCCCUCCUCACUCACUGACGGACACCAUCUCCCUCCUCACUCACUGACGGACACCAUCUCCCUCCUCACUCUGACAGACACCAUCUCCCUCCUCACUCACUGACAGACACCGUCUCCCUCCUCACUCUGACAGACACCAUCUCCCUCCUCACUCACUGACAGACACCAUCUCCCUCCUCACUCACUGACGGACACCAUCUCCCUCCUCACUCACUGACGGGCACCAUCUCCCUCCUCACUCACUGACGGACACCAUCUCCCUCCACAAUCACUGACGGACACCAUCUCCCUCCUCACUCUGACAGACACCAUCUCCCUCCUCACUCACUGACAGACACCGUCUCCCUCCUCACUCUGACAGACACCAUCUCCCUCCUCACUCACUGACAGACACCAUCUCCCUCCUCACUCACUGACGGACACCAUCUCCCUCCUCACUCACUGACGGACACCAUCUCCCUUCUCACUCACUAACAGACACCAUCUCCCUCCUCACUCACUGACAGACACAAUCUCCCUCCUCACUCUGACAGACAUCAGCUCCCUCCUCACUCACUGACAGACACCGUCUCCCUCCUCACUCUGACAGACACCAUCUCCCUCCUCACUCUGACAGACACCAUCUCCCUCCUCACUCACUGACAGACACCAUCUCCCUCCUCACUCACUGACAGACACCAUCUCCCUCCUCACUCACUGACAGACACCAUCUCCCUCCUCACUCACUGACAGACACCAUCUCCCUCCUCACUCACUGACGGACACCAUCUCCCUCCUCACUCACUGACGGACACCAUCUCCCUCCUCACUCACUGACGGACACCAUCUCCCUCCUCACUCACUGACGGACACCAUCUCCCUCCUCACUCACUGACGGACACCAUCUCCCUCCUCACUCUGACAGACACCAUCUCCCUCCUCACUCACUGACAGACACCGUCUCCCUCCUCACUCUGACAGACACCAUCUCCCUCCUCACUCACUGACAGACACCAUCUCCCUCCUCACUCACUGACGGACACCAUCUCCCUCCUCACUCACUGACGGGCACCAUCUCCCUCCUCACUCACUGACGGACACCAUCUCCCUCCACAAUCACUGACGGACACCAUCUCCCUCCUCACUCUGACAGACACCAUCUCCCUCCUCACUCACUGACAGACACCGUCUCCCUCCUCACUCUGACAGACACCAUCUCCCUCCUCACUCACUGACAGACACCAUCUCCCUCCUCACUCACUGACGGACACCAUCUCCCUCCUCACUCACUGACGGACACCAUCUCCCUUCUCACUCACUAACAGACACCAUCUCCCUCCUCACUCACUGACAGACACAAUCUCCCUCCUCACUCUGACAGACAUCAGCUCCCUCCUCACUCACUGACGGACACCAUCUCCCUCCUCACUCACUGACGGACACCAUCUCCCUCCUCACUCACUGACAGACACCAUCUCCCUCCUCACUCUGACAGACACCAUCUCCCUCCUCACUCACUGACAGACACCAUCUCCCUCCUCACUCACUGACAGACACCAUCUCCCUCCUCACUCACUGACGGACACCAUCUCCCUCCUCACUCACUGACGGACACCAUCUCCCUCCUCACUCACUGACGGACACCAUCUCCCUCCUCACUCACUGACGGGCACCAUCUCCCUCCUCACUCACUGACAGACACCAUCUCCCUCCUCACUCACUGACGGACACCAUCUCCCUCCUCACUCACUGACAGACACCGUCUCCCUCCUCACUCACUGACGGACACCAUCUCCCUCCACAAUCACUGACGGACACCAUCUCCCUCCUCACUCACUGACAGACACCAUCUCCCUCCUCACUCACUGACGGACACCAUCUCCCUCCUCACUCACUGACGGACACCAUCUCCCUCCUCACUCACUGACGGACACCAUCACCCUCCUCACUCACUGACGGACACCAUCUCCCUCCUCACUCACUGACAGACACCAUCUCCCUCCUCACUCACUGAUGGACACCAUCUCCCUCCUCACUCUGACAGACACCAUCUCCCUCCUCACUCACUGACGGACACCAUCUCCCUCCUCACUCACUGACAGACACCGUCUCCCUCCUCACGCUGACAGACACCGUCUCCCUCCUCACUCACUGACGGACACCAUCUCCCUCCUCACUCUGACGGACACCAUCUCCCUCCUCACUCACUGACAGACACCAUCUCCCUCCUCACUCACUGACAGACACCAUCUCCCUCCUCACUCACUGACGGACACCAUCUCCCUCCUCACUCUGACAGACACCAUCUCCCUCCUCACUCACUGACGGACACCAUCUCCCUCCUCCCUCUGACAGACACCGUCUCCCUCCUCACUCUGACAGACACCAUCUCCCUCCUCUCUCACUGACGGACACCAUCUCCCUCCUCACUCUGACAGACACCAUCUCCCUCCUCUCUCACUGACAGACACCAUCUCCCUCCUCACUCACUGACGGACACCAUCUCCCUCCUCACUCACUGACAGACACCAUCUCCCUCCUCACUCACUGACGGACACCAUCUCCCUCCUCACUCACUGACAGACACCAUCUCCCUCCUCACUCACUGACAGACACCAUCUCCCUCCUCACUCACUGACGGACACCAUCUCCCUCCUCACUCUGACAGACACCAUCUCCCUCCUCACUCACUGAAAGACACCAUCUCCCUCCUCACUCACUGACGGGCACCAUCUCCUUCCUCACUCACUGACAGACACCAUCUCCCUCCUCACUCACUGACAGACACCAUCUCCCUCCUCACUCACUGACAGACACCAUCUCCCUCCUCAUUCACUGACGGACACCAUCUCCCUCCUCACUCACUGACGGACACCAUCUCCCUCCUCACUCACUGUCAGACACCAUCUCCCUCCUCACUCACUGUCAGACACCAUCUCCCUCCUCAUUCACUGACGGACACCAUCUCCCUCCUCACUCACUGACGGACACCAUCUCCCUCCUCACUCACUGACAGGCACCAUCUCCCUCCUCACUCUGACAGACACCAUCUCCCCCCUCACUCUCUGACAGACACCAUCUCCCUCCUCAUUCUGACAGACACCAUCUCCCUCCUCACUCACUGACGGACACCAUCUCCCUCCUCACUCACUGACGGACACCAUCUCCCUCCUCACUCUGACAGACACCAUCUCCCUCCUCACUCUGACAGACACCAUCUCCCUCCUCAGUCACUGACAGACACCAUCUCCCUCCUCACUCUGACAGACACCAUCUCCCUCCUCACUCACUGACGGACACCAUCUCCCUCCUCACUCACUGACGGACACCAUCUCCCUCCUCACUCUGACAGACACCAUCUCCCUCCUCACUCACUGACAGACACCAUCUCCCUCCUCACUCUGACAGACACCAUCUCCCUCCUCACUCACUAACAGACACCAUCUCCCUUCUCACUCUGACAGACACCAUCUCCCUCCUCACUCACUGACAGACACCAUCUCCCUCCUCACUCACUGACAGACACCAUCUCCCUCCUCAGUCACUGACGGACACCAUCUCCCUCCUCACUCACUGACAGACACCAUCUCCCUCCUCACUCACUGAUGGACACCAUCUCCCUCCUCACUCACUGACGGACACCAUCUCCCUCCUCACUCUGACAGACACCAUCUCCCUCCUCACUCUGACAGACACCAUCUCCCUCCUCACUCUGACAGACACCAUCUCCCUCCUCACUCUGACAGACACCAUCUCCCUGCUCACUCACUGACGGACACCAUCUCCCUCCUCACUCACUGACAGACUCCAUCUCCCUCCUCACUCACUGACAGACACCAUCUCCCUCCUCACUCUGACAGACACCAUCUCCCUCCUCACUCACUGACGGACACCAUCUCCCUCCUCACUCACUGACGGACACCAUCUCCCUCCUCACUCACUGACGGACACCAUCUCCCUCCUCACUCACUGACAGACACCAUCUCCCUCCUCACUCACUGACAGACACCAUCUCCCUCCUCACUCUGACAGACACCAUCUCCCUCCUCACUCACUGACGGACACCAUCUCCCUCCUCACUCACUGACGGACACCAUCUCCCUCCUCACUCACUGACAGACACCGUCUCCCUCCUCACUCACUGACAGACACCAUCUCCCUCCUCACUCACUGACGGACACCAUCUCCCUCCUCACUCACUGACAGACACCGUCUCCCUCCUCACUCACUGACGGACACCAUCUCCCUCCUCACUCACUGACGGACACCAUCUCCCUCCUCACUCACUGACAGACACCGUCUCCCUCCUCACUCACUGACAGACACCAUCUCCCUCCUCACUCUGACAGACACCAUCUCCCUCCUCACUCUGACAGACACCAUCUCCCUCCUCACUCACUGACAGACACGAUCUCCCUCCUCACUCUGACAGACACCAUCUCCCUCCUCACUCACUGACAGACACGAUCUCCCUCCUCACUCUGACAGACACCAUCUCCCUCCUCACUCACUGACAGACACCGUCUCCCUCCUCACACUGACAGACACCGUCUCCCUCCUCACUCACUGACGGACACCAUCUCCCUCCUCA